UGUUGUAUUUCGAGAAGAAAAACUUUUCUUUGAGUUUUUGUUCCAUAGUUCAUUUGCCGAAACUACUAUCCGACUGUCUAUUGUUGUUACACAUUGUAUCCGAUAUGAGUCAUAUGAAGUGUUCUAGUGUAGGGAUGUUAUUGGUGCUAGUAUUGCUAUCGUAUAGUUGUUCUUUUGCUUUUGGUGGGGAGGUUGGUUAUAGUAAGGAAGAAAUAACAUCGAGUGAAAAAGUUAAUGCAAGUUCGUGCUUGAAAUCUGUAUAUGAUAGUAUAGCUAUAGGAUGUUCUGAGAUUCUAGGUGAAGAAGGGCGGUCAAGGUUAGCUUGGAAUCUUACUGAUUGUGUUUGGAAGGACAAAAGAGAUCAACUUUUUCCUUACUGUGAUGUAAAAUCUCCGAUGAAAGAUUGUGUAAAGAAGUUAGAUGAUGAUGCACAUAUGAUGUACCUUGAGUUCUAUCGUCAGACUAAUGACAUAUGUCUUCUGUUACAGGAUGGUGCCGAAUUCAUAAGAGAAAUGGAAGUGAUGGUGAAGGAACUCAAAAGGCAAGCAAUGCAAAGUGAGCAGAUGAUUGUUGAGAUUGAUAGUAAACAACAAGAACUCAUAGAGUUAGAAGAACAAUUAAACAAAGUUCAGGAAGAGUUAGAACAAUUAAACAAAGUUCAGGAAAUGUUAGAACUGAUACUAGAAAGUGUGCCUUUUGACGUGGACAAGCUUUACACGCUGUACAAAGCACAUUUGCAGAAAUUAAGGGUCAUUGCAACUUUUGUUAUAAUUUUGCUUAUCUACUUUUUCUGUUACUGAUCUGGGGAAACUCAAGCCAUCAUCAUUAAACAAAGUUUAAACCGUGCAAUCAUAGGUUAUGAUC